CGUGGUGCAGAUCUCGUGCGGCCUGCACCACUCGGCCGUGCUCACGCAGAGCGGGGACGUGUUCACCUUCGGCGACAACCUGUACGGCCAGCUGGGCGUGGGCGACCCCGUGGCCAGGAGCGUGCCCGGCAUGGUGCGCCUGCCCUUCCACGCCGUGCACAUCGCGUGCGGCAGCUACCACACCGUGGUGCUCACGGUGCGCGGCGAGGUCAUCACGUUCGGCAACCACUCCAAGGGGCAGCUGGGCCGCCUGGCGCCCGUGCCGCUCAGGAAGGACGCCAAGGCGGAGGCCAAGGCCGAGGCCAAGGCCAGGGCGGACUGGGCGUGGUACGCCACCCCGGAGAAGAUGCCCUUCAUCGGGCCGCGCCACGGCCGCAGGGCCACGUGGGUCGGCGCGUCCGGCGACCAGACGUUCCUGCGUAUCGACGAGAGCCUCAUCAACUCGUCCAACCUGUCGCAGUCCACCGUGAUGGCCAACAAGGGCAGCAUCAUCCUGGCCCCCACGGACAUCCCGCCCGCGCACUCGGCCUUCAAGUCCCUGGUCAUUAACCGGCGCGACGGCAACUGCAACAGCUUCGCCGGCCCGGAGCAGGUGGAGUUCGCCAACACCAUUGCGUGCCUGGACCCGCUGUACAACGUGGUGUGGUGCUACCAGCCGCAGAACCACGCCAUGGUGUGCUACAACGUGGUGUCGAGUGAGACCCGGGUCCGCGAGCCCCCCAUCCUCAGCUCGGAACUAGCUCUCCCGGUGGUCGCCAACUGCUUCGUCACCAGGGCUCAAGCCGCCCUACAUCUACUGUGCUGUCUGGACACUUUGACGAAAGCCCAUGAGUUGAACCUGGGUGUUUGUGAAGACUCUAUCGACAAGACCAGUCAGCAGGCCAAGGUUUACAGCAGGGAAGAUUUUUCUGCGGUCAGCCGGUUUGAAAGCCAUGGGGGUGGUUGGGGAUACUCUGCUCACUCCAUAGAAGCUAUUCGCUUCAUGGCUGAUACGGAUAUCCUUUUGGGCGGCUUUGGUUUGUUUGGUGGCCGAGGGGAGUACACAGGAAAGAUUAAGUUAUUUGACAUUGGCAUUGAAGGAGGAGAGCAGGAAACAGAUGGGGAGUUGUUGGCAGAAACAGAAGAAAUUCCCUACGAGUGUGGGCCUCGCCAGAAGUACCCAAUGCUGUUUGAUGAGCCAGUCCCACUUCAGGCUAAUCGCUGGUACGUGGCCUGGGCUCGCAUCAGUGGGCCUUCAAGUGACUGUGGAUCCAGUGGCCAGGGAAUGGUGACUACAGAAGACCAGGUCAUAUUUUAUUUCAAAUCCUCCAAGAAGUCCAACAACGGCACUGAUAAUAAUGCUGGGCAAAUACCCCAAAUCCUGUACCGAGUGGUCACUCCAGAAAAUCACACUCCAAAUCGCCAAGUUGAUCUUGCAGAACCAGUUUACAUUCUGAGUCGAGAUUUUUCUCGGGCUGUCAGCAAAGAGUGCUUUGAAUCUCUCUUGGCUCUGCUGAGUUGGAGCUGGAACACCCUUAAGGUGCAUCUCAUGGAUGUUUCUGGACUAGCACCAGGGUCAACUGCCCAAGCAGCUGCCAUGAUUGAUUUGCGACGUUUGGUUUAUAUAAGCCGAGGUAGUUUACGACUACUUUGCUCCUUCACCAAUGAAAUCUACCCAAACCAGGUAUCAACGAAAAAACUUGUCCCAGAAUCUGUGGUUCUAGCAGAAUGCAUCGGCGAUGUUCGAGCCCUGCUACGCCAAAUUUUAUCUGAUUCAAUGCCUACUCUUGCUGUAAUGAAGGGAUCCAAAUCCCGAAUUCCUGCCUCUGUUCGGGCUCUACCAUACUCCAGCAUGAUCACCAGCAUUUUGGAAGAAUGUCACCAAACCUUUGUCUCCUGCUUCCAUGCGUUUUACCCAACUGCAUUCCUGAAGUGGACUUGUUUGUGUGAUCUCCUUGCUGCGUCUGACCGCCGUGUUCCUGAUGAGACAAGCAGUGAUAGGCUGCUUAGCGCAGUUUUGGCUGCAUUGUGUAGCCCGACCAUUCGCCUCCGCUCCACUUUCCCCAUCCUCAGUUCGUUCUUGGAUGCAGCUGACUCUUCCCUGAAACGUCAGCUGAGUCCCUCUGACAACACUGGCUUGCCCAUGAUGCCUUGUGUAGACAGCCACCACUAUCCCAUUCUAGUGGAACAAAUGAGCUAUCGUAGCCAGUUGGAAAGCUGUGACCUGACCAGCACCUGGGCUUACAGAGAUGUUUUGGAACGUUUACUUGAUAUGGUCAGCGUUCCUGUGCGUCAAGAGCUGUGCCAAGAAAGAGUUUCAUACUCCCCUCAACUUGUCCUGAACUGCUGCAAUUUGCUUGCCCGUGUAGUGGCAGAGCUAAGUUGUCAGUCGAGUGGUGGUGAUGAGGAUCUGGAGGGAACUUGUGGUCGAGUCCUGCAUACUACACCCUCAAGAUUUACUCGGACCAACCAAAGUCGUACUUGGAACACAGGAAAUGGAUCACCAGAUGCUAUAUGCUUCUCAGUUGAUAGAUCUGGAGUUGUCAUUGCAGGUGUUACUGUGUAUGGUGGAAUGGGAAACUAUGAGUAUGAGCUGGAACUUUUGGAUGAUCAAAACAACUCUGGGAAUGACCCAUCACACACACAGCGAUGGAAUAGUCUGGAGUUGACUCGAGGAACCUUUGGUCCUGAUGAUUGUAUUGGAGACAUUGCUGAGCUAAAAUUUGAUAAACCUGUAACAAUCAAGGAAGGAGUGAAGUAUGCAGUGCGGCUUAGAAAUCAUGGUGGUCGCACAAGCAAUGGAGAUGGUGGUCUCAGUUCAGUGAAAGGUCCCGAUGGAGCAACUUUCACAUUUUCUACUUGUUCCUUAAGUUUCAAUGGUACCACUCAGACACGUGGGCAAAUUCCUCAAAUACUCUACUAUAGCAACCCACAAGAUUCUGAAAACCAACAGUCCAGCAAGGCCUUACUUGAACUCCAAGCCCGCAAAGCCACAUUGUCUAUGGCAUCAGCUAUUGUGCAACGAGUUUCAGAUUUGUUGUCACUUGCUCGAGAAAGAGCUGAGGACAUGUUGGGGACUGAUAUUCUUAGUAAUGCCCCCAUAAUAACAACUCUAAUGCCACUUUGCAUUGCUGAUAUAAGUUACCUUGCUUUGACAGACCCCAGGAGUGCUGUUCAAGUUUUGGGACUGGUUCAGGAAUUGCUUCCACAUAUUGCGGCACUGAACCUGCUGCAUAGUAGCUCUCUGCAGCACUCGGUAACAAGUCAAGAUAGCGCUGGUGGGAGCACUGCGGCCAUCAAUGUUGGGCCAGCAGGGAUGCCAGGCACCACCACGUCACAGCAUUAUGCUUGGGUUGAGAGUGAGCAUCCGUAUAAACCAUCCACAGUUUCUAAUUAUCGUGUUCACUUUCCUGAGACUGUGAAGUGGAUUGCCAUUGAGUUUGACCCACAGUGCGGUACAGCACAAGCUGAAGAUACACUCCAACUCUACAUUCCUAAUGUAGAGGCACUUAUUCGUCUGCCAAAGCGAAAGGAGCAAGAACGUGUUAAGGAUUUGGACUCAGACAGAAGCCGUGCUGCAGGCUCUUCUCAUGGGGCAGGUCCUGCUGGCCCUGGGCCAGCCAUGGAGUAUCAAGUCUCGUCUCCAAAUGCCGGACCCUAUGAACCUGACCCAAACUUCCUUUUCUACCCUCACUGGCCAGUGUUUCAUAGGUUCAGUGGAAGUCCGGGCAACUGGCCUCAGGCUGCAGUUGUUCUCCCAGGCAAUGAAGUCAUAUUUUCCUUGGAGACAGCCUCUGACUAUAUCAAAGAUGAUAAGGCCUGCUUCUAUGGCUUCCGUUGUCUUGUGGUUGGCUAUGAGUGGCCCCCCUCCCUCAGCAAUGGGUUGCGUCACCUGGAAGCUGAGCUAGCUUACAUUGGAGGCAUGUGUGCUGCAUCACUCAUGAAGAAGGAUUUGCUUCUUCCAGCUCUACCAGAUGAAAUGGAUGAAGAUCUUGAUCUAGUCGAGGAACAAGCCCAUCAAGUUUACAACGCUCAUUCUACACUUCUUGGAAAAGGAUUUGCUCUCGCUGGUGCACCGACAAUCAACCAAGCUCUUGACGGCGUUCUUCCAUUCAGCUGCCACUCCAACGAGCGCCAGUUCCUGCGCGACAUCGUGCAGUGCGUGUCCGGGACCAGCGGCGGCCGCCUGGCGCGCUGGCUGCAGCCGGACUCGUUCGUGGACACGGCGCGGUGCUCGCUCGUGUACGUGCGCGAGGACCUGCGCCAGGGCUGGCCCGCCGUGCUCACCGUCGUCACCCGCGACCAGUACGGCGACGUCGUGCACGUGCCCUACCUCAAGGUCGACGCCAAGGCCCUCCCCAUCGACAAGAGGGACGCCGGCGAGGAGUACACCAGGAAGAUUCGGCGCGUGAGCGAGCCCGACGAGAACACGUUCGGCGGCCACGCCUACCCCUCCCUGGACGCCCCCUACGAGAUCACCAUCAAGGACAAGACCUACUGCCACGCCAUCACCAUGAUGAAGGCGUAUGAGAACUAUUCCUUCGAGGAGCUGAGGUUCAUCUCCCCUGCUGUGAAACGGUCCAGCGAGACCAUGCUGGUGCGUCCCCAUGGCAACGGGACUUACAGUGUCACCUGGACACCAGCCAGUGUGGGCUGGUAUUCCCUGGUUAUCACCAUUGAUGGCUAUGUGAUGGAUGAGAUGCACAAGGUGGAAGUCAAGGAAACCCCUCAAGGCCUCAUUCCACCGAAACAAAGUACUGUCCGUAAACAGCCCAACCAGCCAAGCAGGCUCCGUAAAUUUGUAGCCAAGAAAAGUGCUGGACUUCGCAUAAGAGCUCACCCUUCCCUGCAAAGUGAACAGAUUGGAGUAGUGCCAGUCAAUGGCACAAUCUCUUUCAUUGAUGAGAUUCACAAUGACGAUGGAGUCUGGCUUCGUCUAAAUGUCGAGACAAUUAGAAAAUAUUGUGGUAGUGGAUCAGGUGGCAACUGGGGAGGAGGUGGACAGGCUUUGGAUCUUUCAAAUGACACACCUCCUCAUCGAGUCACAGCCCAGGAGGCAUGGUGCCUUCAAUAUAAUCAGCACCUAGGAAAAACUCUCUUGUUGCCUGUUGAGGAACCCAAGACUAUAAAUGAACAAGUGCAGAAGGAUGCCAUCAUUAGAAGGGUGCCUGAUGUUCAAUCAAAAGAUGGUCGGGCCAAGUCUAUCUGUGUUGGUUAUCCAGCAACAUACCAUGUAGUAAAAUGUGGAGCCUCUGGACAUAAUGUGCGGAGUCGACCAAACUUGAAGGCACCUCCAGUGGGCAUGCUUGUGCUUGGAAACACCAUUGAUAUUAUUGAUCAUGUGAUUACCCUUGAAGGCACCUGGGUUCAACUGGACAAAAAUUCAACGUCCAAAUUUUGUUUCAAUUCUGAAGGAGAAGCUUGGUCCCUGGCAAAUGGAAGAAACGGAGCAGUUUAUCUGCAAGCUGAGGAGGAAUUGUUUAAAGAGUUAUGCAGUGACGUCGGUCCUCAAGACAAUGUGUUUGGGGCAUCACCCAGGAAAGGCUUUGAUUUUUUGAAUACUUCCCCACAUCAACUUGGGGCUUUUGGAAUGUCAGAGACAGAACCUAGCCCAGCCCCAUUCAAAUUUCAAUCCACUUCACCUCCUGAAAGUCCAACAAAGCCAGCACCCAAAAGUUUUUGGGAUGAUCCUCAGCCUGCUAAUAUACCUCCAAACACUUUCUUUUUUGGGCCCCAGAGCUCAAAUUCACCUAAUGUCCCUCCAGUGCCAGCUCCAAGAGCUUUUCCAAAGGCUUCAUCGAAUAUAGAAAGACGUCAUUCAACCUUCAAGGCACCUCAUGAUGAAGGGGAAAAUGAAAAUGUGAGAGACAGGCGCCUGAGCACAGAUGGAGGCAAAUUUGCUUCUUUGCAAAGAUGGUUGAAAGGUGAUGACGGCAAGAAACCUUCCGAACGCCCUUCUGCUCCUCCCAAAAGUGACAUGCCUCCAGAGUUGGUAGGAGUUUCAGUAAAGGAUUUAGUCAAAGCUAUAGGAGAAAGUUCAACUAAUGGGAAUGCAGCAUCAACACCACCAAGCACUCCCAAAAGAAUGUCUCGCAGCUCCAGUCCAAAGGUUCCUCUCGUGCCCUCAGUGCAGCGAGCAAGUUCCUCUUCAAGCCCUGUAUCCAUUCCAGGACGUGCUGUGCCUGGCCUGCUCCGCGAUAGUCAGAGUUCAAAUUCAAGCCCUCAAGGGGCAGGAUCAGGUCUCAGUCUCGGUGUCUCGCCACUCGUUUCAGGUGCGAUUGCUGAAUACUCAUCUCAGAGAAGAGGCUCCACUCAAAGUGACACAAGUGCACUGAUUAGCAGCCUGACGAGAGAUCCUUCUUCGGCUAGUCCUGGCAAUACUCGUGACCUGUCACCAGGCCCUAGUGCAAGCUCGAGCUGUAGCAUGCAGUCGGAGGGCUCAACCAAAGGGCAAGGUUCUUCAACAGGUGUGACAUCUGUACGCCAAGUUGAACAGGAAUCCUCAGACUCCAGCAGCAAGUCAGUCACCCAAGCUGGAACGCAGACCAGCCCAGAGGGAACAACUACUGUCAAAGGCCGUUUCAGUAUGGGCACUGCCCACAGCACUAAAGAAGAAGUACGUCUAUCCCCAAAACUAGGUCGGAAAGGGGACAGAAACCUUAAAGGUCGUGCUGGUAAGCGGGCUGUGUCCCCAUCACCUGCACCUGUGCCCAGUGCUCGAGAACGAAUUAUACCACAACCCAUCAAAGAAGCCGUAAGUCCCUCAGUAGCUGAAAGCUUACGAGCUGUGUUUGCGAGCUUCUUGUGGCAUGAAGGUAUUGUACACGAUGCCAUGGCAUGUGCUUCCUUCCUCAAGUUCCACCCGAAUUUGCCAAAGCAAGGAGCAGUGGUGGUAACAAGGCCACAACCUGUCACCAGCAAACAGGGAGAUAAAGUCAGACAGCGUCAUUCAGUUGAGGUAACUAAUGCAGGGAGCUACUUACAUAUCCAACCUGCAACUCUGGAAUCUCUCACUCGCUCUGCUGCCAAUGCCAAUGCAAACCGCAGUCGUACUAAGAAGCCGCAAACACAGGCUGAAGCUAUCAUUCGAGAGGAAAUUGGAAUAUCAGGCACCAUAGAUGGCAUACCUCUUCAACGUUCAGCACCAUCAUGUUCUGCUGCAGGAGAUACCCCAAGGGCUGCUGCAGCGUUGCCAAUACAAACUGUUGCUGUUUUGCCACCUGCUCUGAAGGCUCUAGUUAUUCUGUGGGAGCAACUGAGCAGCAGUUGUCUUCAUGCUAUCAACAACCAUACUGCUCUUCUUAGUCCCAAUCCAACCCCUGCCUCACAAACACGACCUCUGCAUCGCCUGAAACAAAAAGAGAAGGUCGUGUCCUUCAAAGACCAAGAUGCUAAUAAAGAAAACAAAGACUUAAAAAAAUCAAGCCGCAAGAAAAAAGAAUGGCGAUUUGUCAGUGGAACAAAUGCUGGUAUAGCUGGCUCAAACUCAGCAGCUGCUCCGCCACUGGAGAACGAAACUGUAUGUGAGCUUUGUGGUAACUGCUAUCCCCAUCCUGUCACAUACCACAUGCGGGUGGCCCAUCCUGGUUGUGGUGCACAUGCUGGAGGGAAAGGGUACAACAGUGGAGGAAACUUUUGUGUCGGAUGGGCUGGAAAUUGUGGAGAUGGAGGUAUUGGUGGAAGCUCGUGGUACCUCGUGUGUGACGCUUGCAGGGAUCGUUAUCUGCGCUCAAAAAAGACAUCUGGUGGGCAAGGGCAGCCUGGAGGUCCAAAGAAGUCUGGAAUCCCUUUGAGAAAGAGGAGCGUUUAUUCAGGCCCUGGAACUCCUUGCAAGUUACUAUCUCCAUGUGGAGCCCUGCCACCACAAGAUGUUCACAUUAUCAUGAAAAAUAACGCUAUGUUCCUUCUUGAGUUGGCCAGUGCAGCUGGAUCUGGUUUACACCUAGACAGGAGGCCGUCUCCAAGCAUGCCACCAGUGGCUGAGCACCAUAGCCCACAGGAGGCAUCCGGUCCCUUUACUCCUGUCGGACCAUUCCAGUGCCUGUCAGCUCUUGGAGCCAACCCGUCACAGCUUCGGGAAGACUCAGCACAUUUGGGUUUCCCAGGGUUCUCAUCUUACACAAACCAGAGUGUUGAUGAGGAACACAAUGGCAAUGGUCAUGCACCACGUGGAGUGAGGCCUGUCUCGGAGUUUUACAGUGACCUUGACGCCGAUGGAAGUCGAGGUCGGGGAGGUUUCCACCGCUCUGUGUCAAUGGGCACCAAUGGGGCUUCCUGGAGCAGACGAGAGGGGGAUGGUCGUGUUGUCAUGAUGAGGCGUCGAAACAACAGCAGCAGUGAAGUGUCAGGGGAUGGUGGCUCAUACCUAUUGUGCUACCCAUCAGCAGCCUUGCAGAAGCUUGUCCCCAACAUGGAUCGCUCAGCCAUUGUGUCAACCAGUGCAGGUUCUCCAGGAGGGGACAUUUUGAGCCGUCCAGUCAUGACUUUCUUGUUUCAACAACACAAUUUGGAAAGCCUCCAAUACACUAUGAAACAAGCCCUCCGCAAAGCAACCUGUCGAGUCUUUGCAAUGCAGGCUCUCAAUUGGCUGCUGCACAAUGUGACCCAGCCAGGUAGCCUUCAUGACUUGCUGUGGUGGCUUGUGGCUGCUCUCACAUCAUCUUGCCAAGACUCGGAGCAGGAGCCUGAAGACACUCGUGGGGACCGUAAAGAUGAUUUGGAUAUGCGCUCUGUUUGUGAGCACCCUCUGAGUGACAUCAGCAUAGCAGGAGAAGCGGUGCACCCAUUGCCCUCAACAUUCCAUUCGCUUCUUCAAAGUGUAGCGGAUCUCAUGCUUCUCCUUCCUCCUGGAUCUGCUCUGCAGCAAAUUGCGGUGCAGUGCUAUGGCUUGCGAUUUACCCCUCAGGAUCACAUGUUCCUCCAUAGGUGCCAAGUAUUCAGUAACAUAAGUAAAAUAUUAUCACAUUCAGAAGAGGAGCAGGAUGAUCUCAGUCUCAGCAUGCAUGAAAGCCACCUGUCUAGCAUGUCUCAGGUACCUAGUUGUGUUGAGACCCUGAAGGACCUCACUUCAGAUGUUGAUAUUAAAGCAUCAAGCCGACAAGCAAUGGUUGUAAGCUUGACUGAUAACUCAACUGAAACAUUUUGGGAAUCAGGUGAUGAAGACAGAAACAAAACAAAGAUUAUAACUAUGACUUGUGAAAGCCGUGCAUCUCCUCGGAUGGUAUACAUCCACAUAGAUAACUGUCGAGAUCUUGCAAACAAGGUCUCAAGUGUUAUCCUACUGUCUGGACAAGCCGUUGAUGAAUUGUACUUUAUACAGCAAACAGAGGUGGAAAACCGGUCAACUGGUUGGAUACGCUGUCCAAUACUUGAUUCCAACCAUUCUGUGAUUCGUUUGGAACUGAAAGGACCUGACAAUUCAUUGAGGCUGCGUCAGAUUAGAAUUUUGGGUGAGAUUGAAGGUGAAAGCACAAGAAUUAGUCGGCAGCAGAGUGCCCUAACUAUACAGCAGCGAAAUUGUGAAGCCGAAACCCUCCGAGUUUUCCGUCUUAUUACUGGCCAAGUAUUUGGAAAAUUGCUACAGCAACAUCAGCAGAACAAUGACUCUGAUUCUCAGCAAGGGGUCUUAGUCACAGAGAUUGGUGACCUAAGUCAGAGAGAAAUUGAAGAAAACAAUGAUUUGAGGGAGCACAUGGUUGGAAUACUCUUUAGCCGAAGCAAGCUAACUCACUUACAAAAGCAAGUUGUCAUCCACAUUGUUCAGGCCAUCCGUAAAGAAGCUACACAUGUGAGGGAGGAGUGGGAAGUGCUUUUGUGUUCACCACCGAGUGCACCAACCGCUGGGCUCAGUUCUAGCUUUAACAAUGGAGAUUUAAUGAAGCAAGCAGAUGCAUACUGCUUUGAGAUGUUGUCAAUGGUUCUUGCUUUGUCAGGGUCAAGUGUAGGCAAAGCAUACCUGGCCCAACAACAUGGCCUCCUCAGGGAUGUAUUGAGCCUCUUGCACACGGGAUCAGCUAGAGUCCAAAGACAGGUUACAUCACUGCUACGCAGAAUGCUCCCAGAAGUUGCCCCUCAGACAUUGGGCUGCAUCAUGAACAUUGAUCACCUUCCGCCUGCCGACUUCAGCAUUGUCACAGUUGCCAACAAGGCUCUAUCGCAGUCUGAAUCUACCUUUGAUGUUCACAAGAUAAGUAUUUUGGAUGUGCUCCUUAGCUGUAUAGCAAAGGCUCUGACUGUCCAGGUCAAAGUGAAAGGUAAAGAGGCUGCAGCUUCAGGUACUGGUGGUGGCAAAGGUCUUACCACAGUCACCCUGGCAACAUCCAUUCAUCCUCGUGAUUUUGUGGGUGCACGUUGGUGGCUGAGAGGAUGCAUGACUCGCAAACUGGCCGAAGUGAUUAUCCAGCUCCUGAAGGACAUGGCUGCGGGCAAAAUUUCUGAUGCCUGGGCUGAAGUUACCAAAGGAGCAAUUGCCGAGAGCAUUCUAAAUUUGACUCGACUGGGUGAGACAGAACGGAAUCCUAAUGAGUGUCUCCGUACACCAACUUUGUGGCUUGCAUUGGCUGCCCUGUGCGUGCUAGACAGUGACCAUGUUGAGAGAUUAUCAUCAGGAGAAUGGCGCGGAACUGCAGAAGGACAGCCUCCACCACCUCGACCAACUUGCAGCAACCAUGACGAUGGGGAGACAGGAGCAAUCAUCCAAUGCAGUGUCUGCGGCAAUUUAUGUGCUGAGUGCGAUCGGUUCUUGCACUUACAUAGACGCACUCGAAUGCAUCAGAGACAGGUUUGCAAAGAGGAAGAAGAGGCAAUUAAAGUAGACCUUCAUGAAGGUUGUGGUCGCACUAAACUGUUCUGGGUAAUGGCCCUAGCAGAUAGUAGCACACUGAAGGCAAUGGUUGAGUUUAGAGAGCGCAGAUCAGGAAAGUCAACAAACUUCAGCUCAGGCACAUGUCGAUUCUGUGGAACCACAAGCAACUCAGGAUUACUAGCCAUCAGCAAUGUUUGUGCCGACCAAGAAUGUCAGGAACAUGCCAAAAAUGCAUGCACAAAACACAAUGCUUGUGGGCAUGUGUGUGGAGGAAUUGUGGGUGAAACAACAUGUCUACCUUGCUUACAUGGUUGCUCAGGGAAUCCAAACUUGAAGCAAGAUGCAGAUGAUAUGUGCAUGAUUUGCUUCACUGAAGCUCUUUCAUGUGCUCCAGCAAUUCAGCUUUCUUGUGGGCAUGUCUUUCACUUACACUGCUGUCAGAAUGUUUUGCGCACACGUUGGCCUGGGCCAAGAAUUACUUUUGGGUUCUCUCAAUGCCCUAUUUGCAAGGCUGCAAUUGAACAUGAUGUGCUGAAUGAACUGCUGGUACCAGUGAAAGAACUACUGGAAGAUGUAAGACGAAAAGCUCUGAUGAGACUUGAGUAUGAAGGCUUGCACCAGACUGAGGCCAUCACAACUCCUGGAGCACGAUUUUAUAAUGACCCAGCGGCUUAUGCUAUGGACCGCUAUGCCUAUUACGUCUGCUACAAAUGUAACAAGGCUUAUUAUGGUGGUGAAGCCCGAUGUGAUGCUGAGAUGGGUGAACAAUAUGAUCCAACCGAAUUGGUUUGUGGAGGCUGCAGCGAUGUCACAAGUGCUCAAAUGUGUCCCAAACAUGGCACUGACUUUCUAGAGUAUAAGUGCCGAUAUUGUUGUUCUGUAGCGGUUUUCUUCUGCUUUGGAUCAACUCACUUCUGCAAUCCUUGUCAUGAUGACUUUCAACGUGUCACUAACAUCCCCAAGACUGAUUUGCCCACCUGUCCUGCAGGUCCCAAAGCCAAGCAGCUGGAUGGCGAUGAAUGUCCUCUUCAUGUGAAGCACCCUCCAACUGGAGAAGAGUUUGCCCUGGGUUGUGGUGUGUGCCGCAAUGCCCAUACUUUCUAGCUUUAAAAUCAUCACUCUAGUCACUUCUUGUCUAUUGACUUGUUAAUUAAGUAUUCUUCAUAAUCAGGCAUGGCAAAGGCUUGAUUUCUUUAUUUCUGUAGACUGCCCUUUCAGACUGAAAGACAUAUAACUCCUAGAUUCUUAAGUUUUUAAAAUGCCAAUGAGUGGUGGAACUUUCUGCCCAAUUAUGCCAGACGUGUUCAAGAAUACCUGAGAAUAGUUCAACCUGGGCAAAUACUACCACGGAUUGCCUGAUUUUUUUUUCCUCCUGCUUCAUUUCAUGUAGGCUGAUUCAGUAUUUGAGAUAUUUAAGUAAUUAAGAUUUAUUAUAAUUGAUAUUUUGUUCUGAAACUUAAGUUAUUUAUUUAUUUUUUGUUUUUAUCUGUUAGUAUUUUUUUUCUGUUUGUGAUCUUGUGUUAGGAAAUAAGACUUAAAAAAUGAUCUAGAUGAAGGCUAACACUCUAAGUUUUGUGGUUUUGAAAUGUAUUUUCUUCUUUUUUGUGGUUUUUGCCCUGUGGGCUUCCCUUAUCUCUUUGUGUCUCUCUUCGUGUGGUGUCCCUCCACACUUUUCUUUAAAUUUCACUUAUCGUGUAAGAAACCUGAUGUGAUAUUAUGUCUGGUCAUUCCAUCAAGACGGUUGUGGCAAGAAGCAAUUUUUGCUUUGUCAAGCCUUUUGAAACGAAAUAAAAUCUAGUCUGCACAUUUUGA